CACGUGCUGGUGACCGAGCUGGUGUUCACCGACCUGCUGGGCACCUGCCUCAUCAGCCCCGUGGUGCUGGCUUCGUACGCGCGCAACCAGACCCUGGUGGCCCUGGCGCCCGAGAGCCGCGCGUGCACCUACUUCGCCUUCUCCAUGACCUUCUUCAGCCUGGCCACGAUGCUCAUGCUCUUCGCCAUGGCGCUGGAGCGCUCGCUGGCCAUCGGGCACCCCUACUUCUACCAGCGCCACGUCAAGCGCCGCCGCGGCCUGGCCGUGCUGCCCGCCAUCUACGCCGUCUCGCUGCUGUUGUGCGCGCCGCCGCUGCUGCGCCCCGGGCAGUACGUGCAGUUCUGCCCCGGGACGUGGUGCUUCGUGCGGCACGGCGGCUCCGCGUACCUGCGGCUCUACGCCACGCUGCUGCUGCUGCUCAUCGCCGCCGUGCUCGCCUGCAACCUCAGCGUCAUCCUCAACCUCGUCCGCAUGCACCGCCGGGGCCGGCGCGGCCGGGGCCGCCCCUCCACCGGCCGGCGCGGGGAGAGGGUGUCGGUGGCCGAGGAGACCGACCACCUCAUUCUGCUGGCGAUUAUGACCAUCACCUUCGCCGUCUGCUCCCUGCCGUUCACCAUUUUUGCGUAUAUGAAUGAAACCUCUUCUCGAAAAGAAAAGUGGGACCUCCAAGCACUUAGGUUUUUAUCGAUUAAUUCAAUAAUCGACCCUUGGGUCUUUGUCAUCCUGAGGCCCCCGGUUCUGAGACUGAUGCGCUCGGUCCUGUGCUGCCGGGUUCCAUUAAGAACACAAGAUACAACAGAAACUUCCUGUUCCUCACGGUCACAUGCCAGUAACAGACUGACCUUUGUGGACAAUAGCUAAGAAGUGCUUGGUUAGCCAGCAUCUGGAAGAUCAUUUUGAAAUGGUUCCUUGGAGAAAUAAAAAAAAAGUAGUUUGUAAACAAAAUGAAGCUACCCCCAUGAAGCAGAGGAAACCAACAUUUCGGCAAUGGUUUAGGCUGCAGACGUGCUGACAAGCAUUUCCUGGAGGUGCCAGGAGGAGCUAGAAAGUCUCCCCUCGGUGAGCAUAUUAGUUACAUGGCCUUUAGAGGAACAACCAGCUGCAUUCAAGAGCGGUUACCUUUGGACUUAAGCUUUCCUGUUGAAUGAGAAAGCAUGUGGUUUUGUAAUUUGUUUAAAACCCGAAAUAGUUACUGUGUGUUUUCCAUUUUAAUCUUUUGUGUAACUACUGUUAUAAACAUACAGAGUACAGUCAGACCAGAUAAAACUUCAUAUGUGUUCCCUAGGAAGUCGAUAUGUGGAAGCAACCAAGCCUCGUCCUCUGUGAUCGCUUAACCAGCCCUUUCUUUGAACCAUGAGCUUGAGAGCUAUGGGCACUUUGCGUGGGGGCCGUACUCUCUCGUCACUACAGUAUUACUCAUAGAA